UCGGUCUUCGGUAUGAAGAUAUCGAAGAGUUCGAAGAAGGUUUCUUGGGCUCCCGAUGCUAAUCUGUGUCAGAUUUUUUAACUAGCAUAAUCUUCCAAUAACAAUCCAAGAUGAGGCGAGAGAGACUGCGUAGGAGAGUGAGGCGAGAGAGACUGCGUAGGAGAGUGCGAUGGUGAGGAGGGGGAGGAGGGGCGGGCGCCGCGAAGCAGACGGAAGGAGUAUAGCUUCACGGUGGAAUCAAAGGCUUUUGAGAUUAUCGGGGAAGAUAGAAAAGGAAAAAUCCAGGUUAUCAUUGUGGAGAAGAAGGGAGGGGUUUCGUCAUGGGUGCGUUUGGGAGCGCACGGACUAGGGCUUUUCCUGGAAGGCCUGAAUCUAUGUAUAAUGGAUGAGAAAGAAGCAAGAUGGGGAAGGGAAUGGAAGGAGCAGGGCCGACUGUACUCCAUGUCGCGAGGAAAAAACGAAGCGGGGGGAUUUAUCCGGCUAGGGGUCUCUGACCUAGAGAAGAAAUGGUUCUGCGUCUUCAUCCCGAGAGGCAAAAGGGAUAAAAGGGGAUGGGUGACCAUGGCGGAGAAGCUUACCCAGAUGGUAGGCUCCUUUGGUAGUAGUUCAAAUACCCAGGUUGUAAAGGAUACGGGUAAGAUUGUUGGGGGGAGUUCGUAUGCUUCAAUAGCAAAACGAGCUCUUUUGGGUAAAACAAACGUAAUCACAGUGAAGGCGAAAAGGGAGGAAUCAGUGGAUCUGCUCAAGAAGUUGGAGUAUUGUGUGGUGGCGAGUAAAAUAGACAACUCAGGGGAAGACGAUGACCUUGAGAGGGUGGGACGACGCUGGGCAGAAUCGUGGGAGCUUAAGGGUAGUUUAGGGCUGGCUAGGUUGGGUAAGGGAAGGGUUUUGCUGGACUUUGAAGACUUGGAAGAGGCCCGUCGUGUGGUAUCCUCUGGAAAUCGCAGGAUGGAUGGGAUUCAGUUAGGGCUGGAUUUUUGGAGUCCAAGGAGUGGAUGUUGGACAGAGGAGGAAGAGCCCGAGGAUAUUUGGGUGAGAUUAUUUGGUCUCCCUGUCUCGCUUUGGAGUUCGGAGAUCUUCAAGAAGGUGGGGGAUGAAUGUGGGGGCUUUAUCACAGUCGACGACCAAACGAGAACGAUGGGCGAGCUCCAGUGGGCUAGAAUAUUGGUGAGAGGAAGAGGCGAAGCUAAACCGAACGUCCUAGAAGUUGAAGUGGAGGACGAGGUCUAUGCUGUAUCGUUGUGGUGGGAAUGUCGGCCGGUGAUAAGGAGGAGUUGCAGACAUAGUGAUGGUCGUCACAGCAGUGAGGACAGGGGUAAGGAGAUCUCACGCGCGGAGAAGCGAGUGAGGAAGGGGUGGGUGAGUGUGGGUCUCGAGACCCUGCAGACGUCAGAAGAUGGGACGGGUGGGCAGAGGAGUGGUUCGGGUCGGGUUUCUCAAAGCCCGACUUCCAGCUCUUGGGCCCCAAAUGGAGCUUCCUUAAGCCCAUCUGUCAACCCAAAGCAGCUAAGAGGGGGAGAAGGGCCUGGGCUGAAGAGUGGUGUGUUGGGCCUGAAGCUGAAAGGUGUGGCGGUUAGCCCAGAAGCUGGCCCAUCCCAUAGACGUGAUGAAGUGGGCUGCUCUUAUGAAGGCCCAAUGUCGCCAAAGGCCCAGUUUCCUCAGUUAGUUAUAAAGCAAAGGGAAGGCCCAAAUUCCUCAGCAGUCCAAGACCGAAAUAGCCCUCAGAAGAAGGAUCCUCUGCAGAAGGGAACAGCUCCAGGUAAUCCUCAUGUGCCUGAACCUUUUGUUGCACGGGAGACUGAAGAUUUGAGGAAACUAUAUGGCGUGGCUGGGAUUUCAGAAACGGAUAAGGCGCUUAAAGAGGAGGCAAUGAGGUAUGGAAUGGGAUUGUGCUCUUGGGGGAAAAGGGAUGUGGGGACCUCUCUUCUCAACUCUUCUAAUUUUGAUCGGACUCCCGGGGGGGAGUUUUUCGAUCAUUCUGGGGACUGGAAUGAGGAGGAUCGGGAUGAUAAUACCAUGUGGCUAACGGUGUAUGAGGGCUGUAAUGAAGGAAGAAGUGGGGGUAAGGAACUGGGAGCAAAGAUAAGCCACAGUGAUAAGGGCAAGGGGAUUGCUGGGAUAGGAGAUAUUUGUGAUUCCCAAACAGAGAGAGGUGAGCAGGAGGAUAAAUGGGAGGAGAAUGGCUUGGUGAAAUUCAGCCAAUUCCUGGGCUUCUCCACGGAGGGGUUGGAGAAGGAAAUUCUGAAUUUCCUGACCAAAAUCAGAAAAAGAAGGGAGAAAAUCCAUAGUAAAGAGCUACUGGACAAAUCUAAAUUUGAAAGGGAGUUAAAAAGAUUGGAAUGCUCCAUUAAUUAUGAGGGAGGAAUUAAACAGAAAGGCUCGGUACAGGGCAAAGGGCGUCAGAUUGUGAUUGCCCAAUGAAGUUGAAAAUUCUGAGUUGGAAUGUGAGGGGAGCAAAUGAUAGCUCUAAACGGAAAGUUAUUAAGACGUUCAUAAGGAACCAGAGGGUGGAUGUAAUUUGUAUUCAGGAGACAAAAAUCCAAGCUAUGUCGGACAGCAUUGCAAGAAGCCUAGGAUCCGGAAGAUUCCUAGCUUGGAAAGCUGUGAAUGCGGAAGGGGCUUCAGGAGGAAUCUUGAUAUGUUGGGAUACAAGGACCUUGAAUAUGAUAGAUUGGGAAGAGGGUCAGUUCACGCUAUCUUGCAGAUUUCGGAAUGUAGAGAAUGGGGCUAUAUGGACUUUUACGGGAGUGUAUGGUUUGUUUUCCAAAGUGGAAAGGGAUGCCUUAUGGGAUGAGCUUGGGGCGAUAAGAGGGCUGUGGGAAGACCCCUGGUGUAUAGGGGGGGAUUUUAAUAUUACCCUGUUUCCACGGGAAAGGAGUAGUCAGAGGGGAAUAAAUUCAGCAAUGAGGAAAUUUGCUGAAAUUGUUGAUGAGCUGGGGCUGGUGGACCUUCCUCUUCAGGGGGGUGAGUUCACUUGGAGUGGGGGACUGAACAAUCAGGCCUGGGCAAGAUUGGACAGGUUCCUAGUAUCCCCUUGUUGGAUAGAUCAAUUCAAUGGGAUUAAUCAGUGUAGGCUGCCCCGUCCGGUGUCCGAUCAUUUUCCAA